UCCUGGAAAAGUCUUGAAAUGUGCAAUUCAAGUACUCUCCAGGUCUAAAAUGGUCACUGAUACAGUUAAACUGUCGAUGUGAUGUAACAGGUUGGUUUUUAAAACUUUAAUUUAUUUUAUUGGCUUAUUUAAUCAUCCAGCUGGCUACGUCACACCCGUGACGUCGUCCCGAGGGGGCGGGGUCAGUUGGUCGAAAGCUGCGGCGCGGUGCGGGCAGCGCGUGACACACACCUGGAGGAGAGAGCAGCGCGUGAGGACCUGUUUCUGCGUCUUCUGCCAACAUGUGGGCGCGAGCUGUGCUGUGCGCGGCCCUGCUGUGCGCGCUCUGCCCGGCGGGGAGGACGGAAGCCGAGAGGGACGAGAGAGACGUCCAAGACUACAGCUACUCCAACUCCAACAGACUGCUCGGCGCUCUGCAUGAAGUGUUGGAGAAACUGCAGACCAAGAGGAUCAAUCCCUGGGAGAAGAAAUACGGUCAAGUGCCGUCUUGUGACCUCGGGGAGCACUGCGCCAUCAGGAAAGGAUCUCGCAUCGGGAAGAUGUGCGACUGCCCCCGAGGAGCUUUCUGCAACUUCUUCCUGCUGAAGUGCUUAUGAGCCAGUCACGCAACACAGCAAGAGUUUAUUUUAACAUGUAUAUUUUCCAAAUAUAUAUAAAUAUAUAAAUGAUGUAAAGUAGCCUAGAAUAUAUAUAAUAAAUGCUUCAUGAAGCUGAACGUGGAGGAAGUCUUUCUGUGAUGUUGUGUGUUGCAUUAAACGCUGAUUUUUCCAGCGA